AGGGGGAGGGGGAGCGGUAGCUGCGUGUGUUGGAAUGCGAGUACAGUUUUGUAAGCGACGGCUCCGAACUCUUGACGAUCAAUCGGUAAAUGCUCAGGGACCAGUUCAAAUACAUUGAUGGUCUGUAAUUAUUGAGCGAGAGAGCUAAAAAGAGGAGUAGUUCUCGCCAUGGCUACUCAGAUGGUUAGUCAAACAACUGGCAGCAACCCGUUCUGCAGCAAUGGCAAUUUUGGUAUUUCACUGGAUGGAGAUAUGUAUGGUUUACAUGACCUUUCUAAAGCUGAUAUGGCAGCCCCUCGCCUGAUCAUGUUAGCCAAUGUGGCUCUAACAGGUGAGGUUAGUAGCAACUGCUGCGAUUACAUCAUGGAAGAAGAAAGGCAGAUGGCAGAGUUAACAACUGUUAACGACAAUAGUUUUUCUGACAGUGACAGCGAAAGGGUUGAAGAUUCAAAUAACACAGAAAAUGAUUCGGGAGCCUUUCAGAUCAUGGAGAUGGAAACCCCUGACCAGCCAAAAGAUAAGGAAUGUGACAUCCCGUUGGCUGUUGCAACUGAAGGAUUUGGUGCUGACCUAGAAAAGGAUGCUGAUACUCCUACAGCUACAGAAGAUAAAAAUAAGUGUCUUAAAAGCAAGCCAUUUCGAUGUAAACCUUGUCAAUACAGGGCAGAAAAUGAGGAGGAGUUUGUUCUUCAUAUUAAGUCCCAUAGUGCUAAGCCUUACAUUGAUGACACUCCUAAAGAUACACAUCCUAAGGAAUCCGAUUCUUGCAUGCCAGAUGAUGCUGAUUUCUCCAAAGGCCCUAUACGUUGUGAUAGAUGUGGUUAUAACACCAACAGAUUUGAUCACUAUCUGGCUCACUUGAAGCAUCACAACAAAGUUGGUGAAAAUGAGAGAGUAUAUAAGUGCACUAUAUGCACCUAUACAACGGUCAGUGAGUACCAUUGGAAAAAACAUCUCCGUAAUCAUUUUCCAAGGAUAGUCUAUACAUGCUCACAGUGCUCCUAUUUUUCUGACCGUAAAAAUAAUUAUAUCCAGCAUAUAAGAACACAUACAGGAGAACGACCCUAUCAAUGCGAUAUGUGUCCUUAUUCAAGCUCACAAAAAACUCACUUGACAAGACAUAUGCGAACACAUUCAGGUGAAAAACCAUUUAAAUGUGAGCAGUGCAGUUAUGUUGCAUCAAAUCAGCAUGAAGUGACACGUCAUGCAAGACAAGUCCACAAUGGACCAAAGCCUUUAACAUGCCCACACUGUGAUUACAAGACGGCUGAUCGAAGUAACUUUAAGAAGCACGUAGAACUACAUGUUAAUCCACGACAGUUCCUGUGCCCUGUAUGUGAUUAUGCUGCAUCUAAGAAAUGCAACUUGCAAUAUCAUAUAAAAUCCAGACACUCUGGAUGUUCAGACAUCACAAUGGACGUGUCUAAAGUUAAAUUGAGAACAAAAAAAGGAGAAGCAGGAGUUUUAGAUGAUACCACAAGUAUCCCUGAUGACAGUGCAAAAAUAAAGGAGACAGAAGGAAAGAAACCUGACAAGACUAUAAAAGUAGAAAAAAAAGAAAACAGUGUGAAAUCUAAAAAGCAGAUUGCUGAUACACUCAUUGGGCAAGUAACCAGAAGUGGUCGCAGGUCACUAUCUCAAACUAAGCCUGAACAAGAUGAUGCCAGUCCUGAAAUACCUACAAGAGUUAAAUGUGGUAAAAGAAGGGCUACUUCACCUGCUGAUUCAGUGAGGCCAAAUGCUACACAAACUGGCAUUACAAAAAAAAAGAAAUCUGUGCAAAAAAACAAGCUAUCUCAAGAAGUCGUUAUAAAAGAACUCAAAAUGGAACUCCCCCAAAGACAGAAGGUAGAUGUGAAAAAAAAUAAGGAAAACAAACUUGUAAAAAAACAAAAGAAAUCUGGUAUGCAUGGCUCAGACAAAAAGAAAAUCAAAUCAAAGAGAACUAUUCCAGAGCAGAAUAAUGAAAAGAAUGACUCGUGUAAAGAGCAACCUCCUGUGAAUGAAACUGAUCCUCCAGUGGGUGUAUAUAAUGGUUGUUUUUCUAUUCAGGAGCACGUAGAAGUAAGUGUUGAAGGCUCAACUACAAAACCAGAGGAGCCAAGUGCGGAAGAUAUGAAUAGCAAAGCUGAAGAGCCUAUAACCGAUAAUUGCACCAACCACAACAAUGAUGUUUCCAUGCCAUCAUCUCCUCAAGGUGUCAGUAACAAACAAAAUGAGUUACUGACAAUAAAUAGUGAAGAGUUUGUUGUACAAGAUAACGAGAAUUCUAUCACAAGUCCUGGCAGCCCAGUGUGUGAUUUACAGAUUAAAGAGACUUCAUACAGUAAUGUAGUCUCUGAUGUUAUCCUAGCAGAUAAUUCUACAGAGCCUCUUCACUGUCAGGACACGUUAUCAGCUGAUAUUGCAGACAGACAUAAACCACAACACAUGCAUUCUGAGCCCUGUAAUGACCCACAAAGUACUUGCAAUUUGGAAAACAUUACAGAUCAACAACGAGGAAACCCAUCAGAGGAACUCUUAUAUGAAGUAUUGAAGGACAUGUCAAAAAGUCCUGAUUUAGAUGCAAGUGAAGAAGUUGGAGAGCAGCAGAUGUCAAAAGAAACUGGCAAUUUAGAAAUAAACAUGGACCUGGAGGAAGAAGACAGAACUGAUGAACCCUGUAAUAUGGUAAACACAGAACUAGUAGAGAAGGACAAUAGACAAAAAACAUGCUACUUAGAAAUGAAUGUAAAACUAAAUGGGUCAGACAAACCAAAAAUCUGCAGCAGUUUAGAAUUAAACACUGAAGAACAAGAAACAGAUCAAUCCAGUGGAAACCAGAGCACGCUGGUAGAAUGCUGCUCAGGAAAUAUACAGGACCAUGAUGCAAAAGGUAUCCCAGCUUCUGAGUCACAAUGCAAUGGUUCUAGUAGUGAGGAAGAUGAAGGAAUACAUAGUAGCCAUGAUGGCAGUGACAUAAGUGACAGUGUGUCAGAAAGAAGUGAUGACUCUGGAUUAAAUGGUGUGCCUUCUGUACAAGAAACUCAAAACACUAAAUCUACUGUUGAGUUGAAUUCUUCUGAAACAAAUAUUCUGAAGGAAAAAUUUGUGUGUAUAUUUUGUGAUCGUGCAUUCAAAAAGGAAGAAGAAUAUACAAAACACCUAAAACGUCAUUUGGUUAAUGUUUAUUAUCUUGAAAAUGCAUCACAAAGUCAGACAUAGAUUAAAAAACCAAAACCUUUACAUGAAAAUAAUAUUAUAUGGUCUUUCUGAACUAAUGGAAGGAUGUCUUUCAAUUUCUAUCUGUGAAUUGGGCUCCAGAAUUCACUUGGACUACAUUUUUAUUGUGUACAUUUUUAACAUAACUUUACAAUCUUCCUUUUUUUUUAGUUGUGUCAUCAAAUCAGUUGAGUAUUUUUACAAAUCUGUUGUAACAAGCAGAUAUAGUUAAAGUUGGUGAUAAAUGUCAGUGGUAUUCUUUGUAGUCUUUAGUUAACCUGACUAGUGCCAACUUACCGAGAAUGCGUUACAUUUCUUACCACAAGCAGAGUAAGGUGUACCUGACAUUUACAAUAUGUUAAACAUUGGAUUGUGCAUGCAACUGAAACUUCAGAAUAAAUGAUUGUCAAUAUAAAAAUUAUGCUGCCAAUGGAAACAAACGUUUUCUGAACUGGUCAAAUACAUGUAGCACAUAACUACAUUUUGAUACAUGAGCACUUUUCAUGGGAAGUUGAUUAUUUAAUAGUUAGGGAGUGUGUGUGGUUGUUUGUUUUUUUUUGCAGCACUAAAUUGUGGUGCUUUUACAUAAGUAAAAAAAAAAACUAUAUUGAAAAUUUUACUUAUGCAGUUCAAUAUUGUACAUAGUUCCUAUUCAAUACUUAGAAGCAUAUAUUGUAUAAUAAUUUGAAAUUAAAUUAGCUCUAAAUACACUCGUUUUAUGAAAUGAAAACACAGAUUGGUGUAUAUAACUCAGAUUACAGCCAAAGCUCUUUUGACCCUUUAUAUAUGGACCUAUAACAUCCAAGUUUAUAUGUAUGCUAUAUUUGCAUUGUAAUCCAGGUGCUUUUGUGGUUUUUCUUUGAUAUUCAUUAAAGUCAAAAGUAUGUUGACAUUACCCUGCUUAUUUUAGACACAUGUAAAUCUGCAUGUCACAUGUUUUUUUUAAGUUGCAACUG